CUCCUCCUCGUUCUUCCUUGCACGCGGCAUUGAUCAACCGACGAAUCCCUUCCACUGAGCGAGAACGGCAGGGGCACGCGCGGAUGGACGACCUGAAGGCGAGCCUGGCGCGGCCAAUCCAGCUCGCAGAGCAGGUGAUCAAGUGGGCGGACGAGGCGCAGACGUGCCGGCAGGAGUGCCAGGAUCUCAAGGCCAGGCUGGAGCGCCUCUCCACCCUGCUCCGGCAGGCGGCGCGCGCCGACCUCUACGAACGCCCCGCGCGCCGCAUCCUCGAGGACACGGACAAGGCGCUCGACAAGGCCGCCGCGCUGCUCGAGCGCUGCUGCGGCCACGGUUUCGUCCGCCGCGUGUUCACCAUCAUCCCCGCGGGGUCGUUCAAGAGAGCGUCCUACCUGCUCGACAACUCCCUCGGGGAUCUCUCCUGGAUCCUCCGCGUCUCCAACUACGCCGCCUCCGACGAGGACGACGAGGACGACCACAUCGGCCUGCCCCCCAUCGCGCAGAACGAGCCCAUCCUCUUUCUCAUCUGGGAGCAGAUCGCCGUGCUGCAGUACGGCGGGCUCGAGGCCCGCGCGGACGCCGCCGCCAGCGUCGUCUCCCUCGCGCGCGACAACGACCGAUACGGCAGGCUCAUCAUCGAGGAGGACGGCGUCCCGCCGCUUCUGCGGCUCAUCAAGGAGGGCCGCGCCGACGCGCAGGAGAGCGCCGCGCUCGCCAUCGGCCUCCUCGGCCGCGACCCCGAGUGCGUCGACCUCAUGAUCCUUGCCGGGGUCUGCACCUCCUUCGUCAACAUCCUCAAGGACGCGCCCAUGAAGGUGCAGGGAAUGGUGGCGUGGGCGGUCUCCGAGCUCGCCGCCAACCAUCCCAAAUGCCAGGACGCCUUCCUCCAGCACAACGUCAUCCGCCUCCUCGUCUCCCACCUCGCCUUCGAGACGGUGCAGGAGCACUCCAAGUACGCCGUCGCCUCCAAGAUGUCCAUCCACUCCGUGGUCAUGGAUAGGAAGAGCAACGACAGCUCACAGGACCCCUCGGGCAGCGGGGAGCGAGACGCCACCGCCGUGGCGGCGGGGAAACCAACCUUUGGCGGUGGCGGGAUAGACGCCAGUAGUUCGAGCGCGGCGGCUCCCGGUCCCAGCGCCAGACCCGUUGGCAUGGCCGGGACGAGGCUACACAGCGCGUCCAUUUCCGCCACGAGCAUGCGGGGGAGGGAGUACGAGGACCCGGAGACCAAAGCCUACCUGAAAGCCCACGCCGCCCGGGCGCUGGGCACGCUGGCCACGGGCAACCCCGCCAUCUGCAAGAACAUCACGGAGUCGAGGGCGCUGCUCUGCUUCUCGAUCCUCCUCGAGAAGGCCACGGGCGACGUGCAGUACAACUCCGCGAUGGCGCUCGUGGAGAUAUGCCGCGUCGCGGAGCAGAACGCCGAGCUCCGGCGGUCGGCGUUCAAGCCGACCUCCCCCUCGGCGCGCGCCGUGGUGGACCAGCUCCUCCGCGUCGUGGAGAAGGCCGACUACGACGACCUCCUCAUCCCCUGCAUCACGUGCCUGGGGUGCCUGUCGAGGACGUUCCGGGCGACGGAGACCAGGGUCAUCGGGCCGCUCGUCAGGCUCCUCGACGAGCGGGAGGCCGACGUGAGCCUGGAGGCCGCGGCCGCGCUGGCCAAGUUCGCGUGCAUGGACAACUACCUGCACGUGGACCACUGCAAUUCGAUCAUCGACCACGGCGGCGCCAAGCACCUGGUGCAGCUCGUCUACUUCGGCGAGCAGGUGGUCCAGACCGCGGCGGUCCUCCUCAUCUGCCACCUCGCGCACAACGUCCCCCACAGCGAGGAACUCGCUCAGGCCGAGGUUUUGACGGUGCUCGACUGGGCGUGGAAGCAGGGCUACAUGUCACAGGAUCCGGUGAUCGAGAGCUUGCUGCCCGAGGCAAAGAUUAGGAUGGAGCUCUACCAGUCCAGAGCUUACUACUAUUGAUCUGUAUCGAACACCUGCUGUUAACUAGGGGGGAAAACAAAAACAGAAGGAUGACUGCCGCUUCACCUUCACCUCAACUGACUACUGUAUAUAGAUUCAGGUAACUUUAUUCAUAGCUAGUCUGGUUAACGUUGUUAUAUUUAGAGAAAGAUAGAGAGAAAACCAUAGGCAGUUUUUUUAAAGCAAUCCAUAUGGUUUUCAUGUUUCGUUGGGACAUAGGUUCUUGAUACUGGAGGAGAUGGUAAAGUGUUGUUUUGAGGCUAUCAGAAAGUUACCGUUUGUUUUAUAUAGGUUAUGUAUCCCAUUUGGUGGUGAACAAUGUGAUAUAACCCUUGUUAUGGGAGAUAAUUAGCCCAUGACA